UGUAUGUGUAUUAAGACAUUUGCACUGGAAACUAAACAAAAAUACUUUGUAGUAUUUUGUGAUUUUAAACCGUUGCAGUUGUGUUCCCAUCCACCAGGUGGCGCUUCGUCACCACUAGGCUGCCGUUGACUUUGCGUAAACUUUGCCCGGAGUUCUUCCAGAAUCAAACCAGUCGAGCAGAAUGAGUUAAAAAGCGACGUAAAGGCUCUUUUAGAGGACAAACCUUAUCAGCGCUCCCUCCCAGACAAAUGAUCAGUCCCACUCAGAAAAGGACGCCGAGUUUCCACUUUCCGCCCGGAGGAGACACACCCACGGAGCGGCAGAGCGAGGAGUCGAUGGGAUGCUGAGAGGAGACGGACGGUGUGAUUGAACCCGCCGUCAUUACCGUUUCAGAGGCUGCGACCUGAUGGAGACAGCAGCUGCUCCCCAGUGAUCCCAGUCGCCAUGCCAACUUUUACAACCCUCAAAGCAAACAGGAGUCCUCAGAGAAGCUGCUGAGUCUACCAGCAUAUCAGCCGCCAUCUUGGUCUGUGGGAGGACUGGGAGGCAGAGAUGGUUCUCCGCUGGACUCUCCUGAUGUUGGCCUUGCUGUUGAAGACCGGUCCGGUUCAUGGAUGCAAUUGUCCAGCAGCUACCGUCUUGUCCCAGUUUCCCUCUGAGGUUCCCGCUGAUGCCUGCUGCUUGAACUUCUCUGGCUCUGCCUUCAAUCAUGUGCGCUGGUCUGUGUUUACCAACGGCACCAACGUACAAACUCUGGAUCUCUCCAACUGCAACAUUAGCCUUAUUAUUGUCAGCGGAAAGCAGGCCUCUUCACUGCGGAGAGUUUUCCUUGAUGGGAACCAACUGAGAGAGUUGCCAGAGCACUUCCUGGCGGACCAGCCCUGUCUGACUGAGCUGGACCUGAGUCAGAACCAACUCCAGGAGAUUCCCAAAGGCUUCCUUCAGGACUCUGAUCGCCUCCAGAGGCUGGACCUGCAGGGGAACCAGCUGCGCUCCCUCCCUGGUGAUUUAUUCCAGAUUCCCAGUCUUCAUGAACUGGGGCUGGAUGGGAACCGGUGGGAAUGCUCCUGUUUGUUCCUGGAAGGGUUGGAGGCCAGCAGGCAGGCCAACAGGACGGCCCGGCUGGAGGAUCUCAUGGGGAACCUGACAUGCUUCUUUCCUCGACACCUCGCCGGCAGAACGGUGUGGUCGCUACGCAUCAGCGACGUCUGUCGCCUGGCCGGCCUUACGGCGCUCUUCAUCGUCCUGCCUCUCCUCAUUCUUUCCGCCUUGCUGCUCUGCUGGUGCUGUGGGAGGAAGAAGAAGAAAAAGGAAACUCUCACUUUCAGCUCCUCCAAAAAGAGGGCCCCCAACUUUGGCUGCAGCAACCACAAGCACCACAACAGGCAGCAGGAUCCAGGAGCCGAGCCGAGCAGAGCUGCCGACUGCAGGACGGAGGGGAUCCUGAAGAACCAGCUGCUGCUCCGCCCGGCUUCGGGUCUCCUGGGCAGCACCAGGGACAUCUACGAGGAGGUGGAGAUCAAGCUGAGCUCAGCAGAGUCUCUUCCCGGCUCCUCGGAGGGGAGGCAGGGUCCCCAGGAGCCCGACAGGGCCAGCAAGAUGGAGCUGGACACGGUCAGCGUGACAGAAGUGAUGAAAGACUCGGCGGACAGAGAAAAGGUCUAUCUGACUCAGUCCACUGAGUACUACAGCCUGGUGCCGGGCAUCGAGCUGGAAGACUCGGACCACGGGGAAUAUGAGAACAUAAACCUGUCAUGACAUAGAGAUAUGGUGGAAGGUGACCUAUUAUGCUUCAAUGAACGGGUUAGGAUUGGACCAAACAUGUUCACUACAUUUUUUCCAAAAUCAUUCUUAGAUAUUGAGAUUUUAGUCUAGUCAGGUCCACCAACCCAACAUUUACAAUCGCUUGUGAAGAUGGCUGCAAACAGAUGCACAAUUUUACAACCGUACGGCUUUGAAAAGCAUUAAGUGCAGCCUCCUGCUUUACCAACAAAGAGGCAACAAGUGGUUUCUGGAUAGUAAGUCGCCAACAAAACACUUGUUUUACCUCAGCAGCCAUUGUACAUACAGCCAUAAAACCAGCUAACCAAGACGUGCUGGACCUCCAUUUGGGUUGCUAGGUAACUACAUGGGCUUCACUGAGGUUGCUAGGUAACAGGCAGUGGCUUCUAAAUUGUAACUUUACAUUCGUUAGGUUUUUGAAACAUCUACUUUUCCCAACACCAAAAAAUAUAAACUUUUUGCCAUAAAACUGUUUCUUUUUUUUAAGCGCUUUUUAAGCACUUGGGUCUCCACUGUUCAAGUGAAGGAAUAAAAACACAUUUCCAGCAGCCAUUGUACAGCACAUAUUGUGGUAAAGCCAGCUGACCAAACAUACUCGAGCUCAGCUUUGGGCCACUAGGUGACAAGCUGGGAUUCACUGGGGUUGCUAAGUGACGGCGCAGUUCCCGUCGAUUGUGAUUCAACAUCUGGAAGGUUUUUGAAACGGCUCAUUUUUUUAACAUUAACUUAUAGCCAAAAACAUGUUUGUUUUUAGAAGCAGUAGAGACCAAAUGGAACUAUAAAAACGUGCAAAAAGUUAAUUUUGCAUAAUAGAUCCCCUUUAAGUUUACAGAUGGCCUUUCAAUCAAUCAUGGGCAUUAAUGCCACAUUAACUUUGUACUUUUAACAGAUUGAAACACAGUAAUGCACCUCUCACUAAUAUUUGGAUACCUCAGUCUCAGUGUGUAUCUUUAUCACACACUUUUUAUGGAUUUCUAAUACACUGGUUAGUUUCUUGCCACAGCAAAUAUGUCAGAUUACAGUUUGAUUCAAAACACAGAUUUUUUUUUAUCACAAUGAUAUUAUCCAAUUGUGUUUUACUGUUAUUUUUUGUAAUUACCUGCCUUAGGACAAAGAAUGAAAUUUAGCUACCGUGCUAAUUUCUGCAUAUUUAAAUGGCUGUAAAUUGAGGCAAAGUUAAUUAAUGUGCACUUUCCUAAUCAAAUGAAUACAGAAUUUAAAAAACAAAAAGAAUUAGAAAAAGUCCUAAGAUUUUUUCGAACAACACUAUGAAACAUCAGUCAUGGUGGUGGCAUCAUGCUUGAUUAGCUGGUAGCGGCGCUACAGCAUCGCAUAAAUAAAGAAGAAGCUAAACUACCUUGAACUUCUUUAACUUCAAAUCAACAGCUACAAGUUUUAAACAUGGAUAUAGUUGAAUGUAGCUACAGGAAAUUCCUAGUUUCAAAAAAAUACCAGCUAACAAAAAUGCUUUAGCAUUAGCACUAGCUUAAACAUAUAGCUAUUCCAACAGCAAAGAAGAUGUUGUUGUUCUAGUUGAAGCUAAUAUCAAUGUUGUAAACUCUGUAAUAAAGAUGGAUAAAAACAAAAGUGUACAUUAUUUAUUCCUGUUUAUGUACCAGCUAGCAUUAGCAGUGCAGCACAGCUAGCUGAGCGACAGGUAGUCAUAAAACCUUUGCUUUAAAACUGUUUCUCAUAGUGUUUGAGCAGAUAAACAGUAAAUGUUUUCAGCACUCUUCAUAAUAACUGUUUUUUUAUUAUGUAAUCUGAUGUUAAAUGGAAGAAUGAAGAAUGGCAGAAUGAAAACUGACCAAAAAAAAAAAGUCAUAUCAGCUCCUGAAUCGAUGUUGCAGUGAGCAGUAAAUGGUUUUUUUUUGUUUUUUUACUGGAGCUUUAUCUUUAACAAUAUAAUUUAACCAUUAAAAACUCAGAAUGAAAAGAUGGUGCAUUUUUUACAAUCCUGAUCAUAUCCGACACUGAUGAAGUAGAAUUAGAAGUAAAUAUUUUUAUUUUUUCGUAAUUUAACUCAGAUCGUGGUCUGCUGAGAUAUACAUGUUUUUGGCUGUAUUUAAAUAUUUUGAGUUGUUUUGUACUUAAUUAAAUAAACAACUAAUUUGUCAGCGGGUUUAAAGUUCAAUGAAGGAUUAUUGUUUACCAAAAACAAACUAAAGUGCAACAACUCAGUUUUUCUAUGAUUUACAUUCUCAGCUGUAAAGAUUUUGGUCUAUUUGCCCUAUAAAAUAAAAACAUUUUUGUUAAUUUU